UUUUUGUUUCUUUAUGAUAUAUCAGUAUAUUAUUGCUACGAUAGAAUCACUCGUUAGUGGGAAAGAUGAUUUAGUUGUAAUAUGUGUCGAUAUGUUUUUGAAAAAUGUCGUCUGUAUGGGGAGCAUACUUCUAGAUAACCGGUAGUUCGAAAUUCAUUUCGUGACCCUUAAAACUGUAAAUAAAUGACCAUAUGAGCCGCGUUCUGAGAAAACUGGGCUUAAUGCAUGUGCAUAAAGUGUCAUCACAGAUUAGCCUGUGCAGUGCAUAUGGUCAUUUAUUUAGAUAGGCCAAUCUGGGAUGACACUUUACGCACAUGCAUUAAGCCCAGUUUUCUCAGAACGCGACUCAUAUAUGUUUAAUAUUGAUUGCUUAUAUCCUCGUAUAGCCUAAACAAUCAAAAGAUGUAACUAUGACUAUAUGUCAUGGGCAUUCAUAGAUAGGACGCCCAAAAGAAGUUUUUCCAAAUUAAUUUGACGCCUUACUAUGUAAAUAUUUAGUUCAAAUAUAAAUUUGUAUGACAAGUGCCGAAGGGGUAUUAAGAAAUGACUAAUCCUCUUAUCAUACUUCUUUUGUAUACGUUUCGAAGUUGCCCCUAUAUAAAAAUGCAAAAAAAUUCAAAACCGAAACGUUAAAAAGGAAGAGGAUCAAUUAUUAUGACGUCACCGAAAAUGACGUCACUGACGUCAAUGGCAUUGUUGUCGUUAGAAACACGUUCAGCACUAACAGCGAUCGCAAGCGUAAAAUAUCAGCCAUAAUGAAUAAAGAAAACUUGUUCAAGCUAGACCCUAUUGGGAAGUAUUUCGUUAGCCAGUGGGGCAACAAGGCUUAUUUGAACAAUGUUUUAUUGCCGAAGAUUAGAAGGGCAAUUCAGAAUAAACACGCAGAGCAAAGAAAGGUGUAUAAAAAUGUGAAUGAACGGGCAAAGCCUUUUUUAUUUGAGGACGAACUGACAACCGGAUUUCGCAGCUUACGACCACAAAGAAGGAAUAAAGACACCGCUGGUGAAAACAGCCCAGACACCGCUGGUGAAAACAGCCCAGACACCGCUGGUGAAAACAGCCCCGACACCUCUGAUGACAACAGCACAGAAACCGCGGGUGAAAACGGCCCAGACACCGCUGGUGUCAACAGCCCACAAACCGCUGGUGCCAACAGCCCACAAACCGCUGGUGUCAACAGCCCACAAACCGCUGGUGCCAACAGCCCACAAACCGCUGAUGCAAACAGCCUACAAACCGCUGGUGUCAACAGCCCACAAACCGCUGGUGCCAACAGCCCACAAAACGCUGGUGCCAACAGCCCACAAACCGCUGGUGUCAACAGCCCACAAACCGCUGGUGACAACAGCCCACAAACAGCUGGUGCCAACAGCCCUCAAACCGAUGGUGAAAACAGCCCACAAACCGCUGGUGAAAACAGCCCCGAUACCCCUGAUGACAACAGCACAGAAACCGCUGGUGAAAACGGCCCAUAUACCGCUGGUGAAAACAGCCCAGACAACGCUGGUGUCAACAGCCUACACACCGCUGGUGCCAACAGCCCAAGCGCCGCUGGUGAAAACUGCCCACACAUCGCUGGUGAAAACAGCCAAGACAACGUUGGUGAAAACAGCCUUCAAACCGCUGGUGUAAACCGCCCAGACACCGUUGGUGACAAUGGCUCAGACAAGGCCAAUGAAAAGAGCCCUCAAACCGAUGGUGAAAACAACACAAUCACCGUUGGUGAAAACAGCCCAGAUACCGCUGGUGUCAACAGCCCUCAAACCGCUGGUGUCAACAGCCCUAAGACCGCUGGUGAAAACAGCCUAGACACCGCUUGUGUCAGAAGCCCACAUAUCGCUGGUGAAAACAGCAUAGACAACGCUGGUGUCAGCAGCCCACACACCGCUGGUGUCAGCAGCCCACACACCGCUGGUGAAAACAGCUCAGACACCGCUGGUGAAAACAGCCCAGACACCGCUGGUGUCAACAGCCCUCAAACCGCUGGUGAGAACAGCCCAGACACCGCUGGUGUCAACAGCCCACACACCGCUGGUGAGAACAGCCCAGACACCGCUGGUGAAAACAGCCCAGACACCGCUGGUGAAAACAGCCCAGACAACGCCGAUGAAAACAGAUCAGGCACCGCUGGUGAAAACAGCCCAGACAACGCUGGUGUCGGCAGCCCAGACACCGCUGGUGAAAACACCCCAGACACCGCUGGUGAAAACAGCCCACACACAUCUGGUGUCAACAGUCCACACAUCGCUGGUGAAAACAGCAUAGACACCGCUGGUGUCAGCAGCCCACACACCGCUGAUGAAAACAGCAUAGACACCGAUGAUGAAAACAGCGCAGACACCGCUGAUGAAAACAGCCAACCCACCGCUUGUUUCAACAGCCCACACACAUCUGGUGUCAACAAUUCACACAUCGCCGGUGAAAACUGCCCAGACACCGCUGGUGUCAACUACCCAGACACCGCUGGUGAAAAAAGGCUAGGCAACGCUGGUGUCAUCAGCCCACACACCGCUGGUGUCAACAGCCCACAAACCGCUGAUUCCAACAGCCCACACACCGCUGGUGAAAAAGGCACAGACACCGCCGAUGAACACAGCCCAUACACCGCUGGUGAAAACAGCCUGGACACCGUUGAUGAAAACAGCCCUGACAACGCAAAUGAAAACAGACCAGAAACCUCCGAUGAAAACUGCUUAGACAACGCUGGUGAACACAGCCCUUACACCGCUGGUGAAAACAGCCCAGACACCGCUGGUGAAAACAGCCCUUACACCGCUGGUGAAAACAGCCCUUACACCGCUGGUGAAAACAGCCCUUACACCGCUGGUGAAAACAGCCCUGACACCGCUGAUGACAACAGCCCUUACACCGCUGGUGAAAACAGCCCUUACACCGUUGGUGAAAACAGCCCAGACACCGCUGGUGAAAACAGCCCUUACACCGCUGGUGAAAACAGCCCUUACACCGCUGGUGAAAACAGCCAUUUUACCGCUGGUGAAAACAGCCCUUACACCGCUGGUGAAAACAGCCCAGACAACGUCGAUGAAAACAGCCCACACACCGAUGGUGAGAACAGCCCAGACAUCGCUGGUGAAAACAGCCAUUACACCGCUGGUGAAAACAGCCCAGACAACGCCGAUGAAAACAGCCCAGACACCGCUGGUGAAAACAGCCCAGACACCGCUGGUGAGAACAGCCCAGACACCGCUGGUGAGAACAGCCCUUACACCGCUGGUGAAAACAGCCCAGACAACGCAGAUGAAAACAGCCCAGACAUCGCUCAUGACAACACUCUUAGCACCAUGGAUGACAACGGCCUUAUCACUGCUGAAUACGAUAGCCACGCCACAGCUGAUUUCAAUGGUCUCAAGGACGCCUAUGACAAUGUUCUUGUGACUGCUAAUGGCAAUAACACUCUAACUGUUUGCAGCGCAGUCUCCGUGAAAGAGAAUAUCAACAUCGCUGCUAACAGCUCUUUUACCUUUACUGACAACUGCUUAGUCACCGCUGAUCACAGACGCCUACGCGGCGCUGAUAACAAGAAAUGGAUUAUUGAAGACAACACACCAUGCAACCACAACGAGGAAUACAUCACCACCCGUGAUGUCAAUGGUCAUUCAUGCACCUGUGACGCCAAGUACCGUGAUGCCAAGGGCAAAAAUGCUAUUAAAACAUGCAGACGACUACUGAAUAGAAUCCUUUCUAUGUUUCGGCGGCUUAGUUGCUGUAGAAAGUGUCAGGAUUAAUUAAUGUUAAUCAAGAUUUAUAUUUGUAUUCAUUUUCUGAUGCAGCGUUGUUGAUCUAAUGAUAAUAAACGUGUUCAAUACUA